AUGAGCGACGGUCGGGCACAGAUGCAGGCACUGAUCGCAGAGCACAAGGAGAAAGGUUGGGACGAGGCCUGGAAGAAAGCCGUGACGCCAUGGGACGUCGGCCAAGUUCAGCCUCCUCUUGCGGAACUUCUCGGUUCGGGGGAGCUGCAGCUGCCUGCUCAGGGAGACGCACUCAUCCCGGGCUGCGGACGGGGCUACGACGCGGUCCACAUCGCGCAGACGACCGGGCUGCGCACGCUCGGGAUGGACAUCUCCGAGACAGCCGUUCGCGCGGCAGAAGAGUACCGCAACGAGACGGGGGCGGAUCCCGCGAAGGUCCGCUUCAAGAUGAUGGACUUCUUCCUCGAAACGGAUGAGCAGUUCGAUCUCGUCUACGACUACACCUUCUUCGUCGCCAUCCCGCCCGCUCGGCGGGCAGAGUGGGGCAAGCAGAUGACGCGGAUCGUGAAGCCGGGUGGCUAUCUCGUCACCCUCAUCUGGCCCAUCGCAGAGUAUACGGAGCUGGGCCCGCCGUUCUAUGUUCGACCCGAGCACUACGAGGAGGUGCUGGGAGAGGGAUGGGAGGUCGUGGUCGACAGAGUGCCCAGCAAGAGCCUGGAGACACACCAGAACAAGGAGAGGUUGGUCGUGCGGCGCAGACUCUAG